CUAUAUCCGGUCUCCCCGGACCCUGCAUUCACUAUAUCCGGUCUCCCAGGACCCUGCAUUCACUAUAUCCGGUCUCCCCGGACCCCGCAUUCACUAUAUCCGGUCUCCCCGGACCCCGCAUUCACUAUAUCCGGUCUCCCCGGACCCCGCAUUCACUAUAUCCGGUCUCCCCGGACCCCGCAUUCACUAUAUCCGGUCUCCCCAGACCCCGCAUUCACUAUAUCCGGACCCCGCAUUCACUAUAUCCGGUCUCCCCAGACCCCGCAUUCACUAUAUCCGGUCUCCCAGGACCCCGCAUUCACUAUAUCCGGUCUCCCAGGACCCCGCAUUCACUAUAUCCGGUCUCCCCAGACCCUGCAUUCACUAUAUCUGCUCUCCCCGGACCCUGCAGUCACUAUAUCUGCUCUCUCCGGACCCUGCAUUCACUAUAUCCGGACCCUGCAUUCACUAUAUCCGGUCUCCCCAGGACCCCGCAUUCACUAUAUCCGGUCUCCCCAGACCCCGCAUUCACUAUAUCCGGUCUCCCCGGACCCCGCAUUCACUAUAUCUGGUCUCCCCCGGACCCUGCAUUCACUAUAUCCGGUCUCCCAGGACCCCGCAUUCACUAUAUCCGGUCUCCCAGGACCCCGCAUUCACUAUAUCCGGUCUCCCCAGGACCCCGCAUUCACUAUAUCCGGUCUCCCC